CAGCUGAUCAGCUCUUUGCUCACAUCACAUGGCCAACAGAAACAUUUGCUACCUUUGGUAUAAUGUCUUCAUUCCCUUCAGACCAGAUACUCUACUGCAGGUACUCCUCCGGAGUCCUAUGCUCUAGUACAUCUCGCAAUAAUUUUUUUUCAACUGCUCAAAAAGGAAAGAACAGAUAUAUCAAAUGCGUCAAAGCACACUUGAAAGCAGUCAAUGUCAGCUCUUGGCAUUCCGCAUUCACCUUGCCCAAGCGCCGUGCCUACAUGUCCCCGCCGAGAGCUUUCGGCCCUGCAAGCAGUCCCGAGCAAAACGCUCAAGGUGAACACAGCCAUCCGCGCGUCCACCACCCCAAUUGCGAGCGACCACCACCGUCCAGCCGUUCAAACGUCCAUUUCCACACCACCAAAAAAUAUCCCGUCACCCGCCAUGUCCGGCCGCCCCUCGACCGCCCCACCCGUAAUGCUGAGAGACUCCAUCAACAACUGCCAGCGAUUGUCCGCUACCCUCCUGCCCGACGACUGGGACGACACUACACCAUCUGCGAUCCAGCGCCGCGAGAGCGGCACACUGGCCGCGAGUUCAGUCCGGAAUCGCUCGACUCGUGGCGUGACGAGUGCGCCGGCAGCUGCACCUAGCCAGGACAACCCCAAACCAGAGCGGUACUACCAGUCGAAGGAGGAGACAUCAAGUCCUGCCACGACAUCCGAGAGCCAGGCUGCGCAGCCCCCGACACUGACGCCUGCAAGCGCACCCUCAUUCCCGCGUAGAGCGAUGAGCGAUUCACCGUAUCCGGUACCAAGUCUACCCAGGACUACUCUAGUACCGAUGCCCAUUUCACCAUCGGACGACAUUGCAUCAGCACGCCCGGUCCUCCGCGUCGCUUCCAAUCCGAGCAGGGAACGGCUGCUAAGUCCAUCCUCAAGGACCUUCAGCCACGCCAACGGUGUGCAUUGACCGAGCCCACUGCGAAAUAUGUCGAUGCCUGGGGAGGAAGAGAGUGAGAUUGAGCUGUUGCCGGGGGGACUGCCGCGCGCGAUUUACGAAUUACCUGGACCGAGAGAUGAGAAUAUGGGAGGGAGAUGGAAGUGGGGAUGCUGUGGGCGAAGGAAGUGAAGAGGAACUGGGCUUGACUUGAUAAAGUAUGAGAGGAUUGGAGUUUAGAGUUGGGGAAAAGGACGAAGGGAAAGAGAUUGAUUAGAU